AUGUGCUCUCCUUGGGCUUACCACGCAUCGUUGGGCUCGCAUCCUGCCAUAAGGCAUGCCAUUAUUCGAGCCCAUGUGCAGAGUAAAAGGUACUGGGAAGCUGUCUCCUAUUUCUGCGAUGCAGUGAUUCCCAACAGAGCUGAUGUUCAGCCAGCGUUGGCCGCCAUGCCGCGCUGCUACAUGGUAAAGAAAUGUGUGCAGCGCCAUGAAGGGCCCCCACCGUGCAGCCCGACGGAGGCUAGCGUGGCACCGCCAUGCUACAGCCCCGCCGAACACUCUGCCCUAACAGAGCCACGCACGGAAUAUGCGGAGCUGGGCGUGCCGCUGUCGGAGCGGUCGGCGGCGGACACGGAGGCGGCGCACGAGCUGCUGUCGCUGGCGCACAGCCUGCCGCCGCUGCCGCCCGCCGCGCACCUCGUCACCGUGCUGCACGCGCCCGACCCGCCGCCGCUCGUGCCCGUCUACACCUACACGCUGCAGCCCACCAACAUCUACAUCCUGGCCGAGGACCCGCCCGAACCCGUGUACCACACGGUGCAAACUGUCACCCCGCUUCAACCCGUUGAGUUCGUCGACACUCACAUCAGCUAUGUCGAGUGCCAGACGGUGGGCCCGCCACCACCACCGCCGCCGCCGCCGCCACCGCUGCCACCGUUGCACCCGCGCCCAGAUUUUAACAGAAUUGAAUACGAGCGCAGGGCGUCAGAACCCACGCCAGUGGCCGCGCCAGUCAUCACACCAGUGCUCGCGCCAGUGCUCGCUCCAGUGCCGCCUGUGUCAGUGCCACCCGCGCCCGCACCACCCGCGCCUGUGCAGCCCCCGUCUGCACCGUCCACUGUGCCACCACCUCCCACGCCCGAGAACGACAGCGACUCACUUUCCCGAGGACACGGUAGUGCCCAGCCCGAGCAAGACACACCGCCAUCGUAUGCUCCACCAUGUCUUUCGGGUAGUCUUCCUAAUGACGACACGCGGGCGGAGCAAACGUCUCCGCCCGAUUCGACACAUGUAAUUACCGAAGCUUCUGUGUCUGGUGUAAGCACUUACGUCAGGCAGAAGCGAGGACGUCAGAACGUCUCUCUAAACACUGACACAAGCCCUGCAAUCCCCAAAUUGCGUGAGGAUUUUGCCACCUUGAACAAGUCUGCGGAUGAAGAGCAAGGGUCGCCCGACCUUAUGCUCGGGUCUGGUUAUACGGACCUGUAG